AUGUUUGAAGAUGGAAAAGCUCAAAUAAAUGAUGAAGUGAAGUCAGUGUCAGUGAUGGAGGGAGAUUCUGUUACUCUACACACUGAUAUUAAAUUAAAGACAGGUGAUGUGAUCGAUUGGGUUUUUGGACUUAAAGGGUCUCUCAUAGCUCAAAUCAAUGGAGCAAAUAAGACAUCAAUAUAUGAUGUUUUUGAUGUGAGAUUCAGAGACAGACUGCAGGUGAAUAAUCAGACUGGAGAUCUCACCAUCACAAACAUCACAACUCAACACACUGGACUUUAUCAAGUUACUAUCACCAGCGGGACGGUGUCAUCACACAGAUUCAAUGUUACUGUCUAUGCUCGUCUUCCCGUUCCUGUCAUCACCACACAAAACUCUUCAUCAUCAUCAAGCUCAAAAUGUGUGUUAUUAUGUUCAGUGUUGAAUGUGAGAGAUGUGAGUGAUGUGAGUCUGUCCUGGUACAAAGGAAACAGUUUAUUGUCCAGCAUCAGUGUGUCUGAUCUCAACAUCAGCAGCAUCUCUCUUCAUCUGAAGUGUCUGAAUGAUUCUUACAGCUGUGUGGUGAAAAAUCCCAUCAGAAAUCAAACUCAACAUCUCAAUACUAAUCUAUGUCAGAUGUGUUCAGACUGUUUUUGCUGUUGUUAUGGUCCUGAAGCUGUGAUCCGAUUGGUCGUCUCUGCUUUGGUGGGUGUGGCUACUGUUGCUGUUUUGGUUUAUGGCAUUUAUGACAACUAAGAUGGAGAGAAGAAAAAAUCAAAGACACAAAAAGACCAUCACUGAUAAAAUUUCUCUGAAGUUUAAUACACAUCAUUUAAAGGUGCCAUAGAAUGGAAAACUUCUUAUGUAAACUUCGUGCAUGCAAAAGACUGCUGGAAUACAGGUCAAUCUUACAUAACACCAACUGUGACGUUACAGUCAAGAUCUACAGCCUCAACAUUAAAUUAAUUGCAAUGUUGUUAAAAAGGCUAAACAAAGUUUUGAGUGCUGAGUUAAUGCUAUAAGCUAGCGUUUAGGAUGAAGUUCUGCUAUUGACAUUACAGUUACAAUUUGCAAAAUUAAUGUUUAAUGUACUUAAAUAUUAAAUAUAAAUCAAAAACUUGAAAUUAUGAAAUGUAGUUGAGUAAAAAUUAUGAUAAUAUGCUUUGGAAUGUAUGUUUUCCAAAGAAAAACAGGGAUAAAAUAUGAUUACUUAAAGGAACAGUAUGUAGGAUUGUGGCCAAAACUGGUAUUGCAAUCACAAAACUGGGGCCCGUUCUUCGUACGUCGCUAACUCAGUUAGCUGGAUUUGAUUGUUGAUGAUUUGGCAUGAUCUUGGAUUAUUUGGUUCUUCGAAGCUCAUUCUAAACUUGGUGUCAUAGCAACAGGUCCGUAAGCUCAAACCUGCUCGGGAGCAGGCUUAUUUCAUGUAAACAAGAUUAGUUUGUACCUUUUUAAGCGGAUGUGAUACGGAAAGUCUGACGCAGUCGCGUAUUCUCCAUUAUACGAGCGCAAUCUGCGUAAGAUGCAUGAUUAAUAUAUAGAGCUUUUCAAAUUCAACACGUAAUAAAAAAAUGAUAGAUUAAUUAAAUCUUUUAGCGAUGUUAUUUAAAAAAAUAUAUAAUAUAACAAAUAUUCUUUAUUUUUGUGUAACAGGUGUUUUGAUUAUUAUUCUUAAACGAAUGAGAAGACAAAUGCUGAUCACAUUCAUUUUAAAUUUGUUUGAAUUUUCCUUAAUAAAAACAGCAAUCAAUCAUACCCAGCACUAAUAGAUGUACAAUAAAGACUAUUACUCAUUUUCAUUUGAAUAAACUAAUCUCCUAUUUUAAUUUUGUCUUUAGAUUGUCAAGUAGCUUACAAUGUCAUGCAUGAAAGGGCUUUCGUUUAGGAAUUUCUAUCUGUUCUAUCUUUAAAUCGUUGUCUACAAAUAUGUUACCCUGUCCCUUUCCUGACAAAAAUGACCAAAAUAACCAAAUAAGUUUUUUUGCACAUAUUUUCACAUAUCUUUAUCUUCUUUACUACACUUUUCUGUGCAGACUCAGCAGAUGCAGGACUUUCAGUUAACGUGGAAUUCUGCUAAUAUAGUCAGAAAUCAGUUAAGAAUAAUGCAAUUGAAGUAAACUUAUUUAACCACUUGCAUAUAGUUUCUCUAAAGGACUACCAUCUGAGAGGAUUUCUUUACUGUCGUGUGCAUUGCUCAGAAACAGUUGCACUUUAUAAUCUUUUGAUGUAGAAUAGCAUUUACAUUCCCUUACUGCACAUCAUACUUCAUUUAACACAUUCUUGAGACCUGCAGAAAGUGUUGGUGUAUUAUCUACAACUGCACAAAAGCGAGGAAAACACUAUCUUAUAAUAAACUACAAUUCAAAUUGUAUUUAUCAGGAAUUAAA